AUGCGGCUGCUCGAAGAACUGCUGCUGGACGAGGAAGAAGAAGAAGACGAGCUGGACGAGGAAGAAGAAGAAGACGAGCUGGACGAGGAAGAACUCGAACUUGAACUCGAAGAACUACUGCUUGAUGAUGAACUCGAAGAUGAUGAACUCGAAGAUGAUGAGCCCGAUGACGAAGAGGAACUUGAGUUCGAUGAAUUGGACGACGAAACCGUGCUCCAACUGCUGGAUGAUGAAGAACUGUUGACGCUGGUGCUGCUGUUGCUACUUUUGAGUGCCGACGAAGAGCCACCUGCGUUUAUCGAUGUUUCAAUGUUUGCAGAGGACGAACCACCAGUGUGUCCUGACGAAGCAUUGUUUGUCAAGGAUGAUCCACUUCCAAAUUGCGAAGCUGCGUUGUUUGAGGAGGAAGAGCCACCCGACGACACAUUGUUUAAAGAGGAUACGUUGCUUGAAGAAAACGUGUUGGAGGAGGAGGACGCAUUUUCUCCUUUAUGA